ACUGGAACAGCUCGACAUGACUCAUCUAUUAGUUAUUCCUUAUCGACGUGAUACUUGCUGUCUCAGGAAUAGCAUGACCUCGAAUAAGGAACUAAUUAAAUAAGUACUAUCAUCGCUAACAUAUCGUGGGCUGUUGCCUGCGAGGUGUACAUCGGAGAAGACAAGACCGAGAACACCCCGGUCAAUCAGCAACAAUGGCCUUCAUUAUUGGACUUUCAUCUCACCUUGAAAUCCAGGCCUCUCUCCUUCUAAUCUAUGACUCAGUUGAAAGUCGCUGAUGCCUACUGUUCACGGCAACUGACCUCUUAAAAGCCCCGCGUACUAUCUCCUCCACCGAGGCUAUUGAUAAGAGACAAAAAGCUACACGUCAGCCAGCCCUCAAGAUCACAACAAUAAAAGUAUAGCUCGGGUAUUUAAAUGCGGGGUGUCUACGUGAAAAGUUAUUGGUAGGACUUCGCUGAAAAAAAAAUGUCGCAACAAGCUGCCCUCCUCCACCGGAGCACUCAUGCCAUCCCCAAGACCGCCGUGGGGGGUCAAGGGUGUUAUAUCUUCCUCGAAGAUGGCCAGAAAUUCCUCGAUUCUACCGGCGGCGCAGCGGUUUGCUGUUUGGGCCAUGGCAACAAGAAUGUCCAGCAGGCGAUGAUUGCGCAAAUCAACCAGCUAUCCUAUUGCCACACGGCGUUUUUUGGCACGCAGGCGUCCGAGGAUCUUGCUCGUUUCCUUGUCGAUUCCACGGGAGGAAAAAUGACAAAAGUGUUUGUUAUCAGUUCCGGCUCUGAGGCUAUCGAAGCUGCGCUAAAGCUUUCUCGACAAUACUUCCUGGAGCUGCCCACCCCUCAACCCCAGCGAACCCGGUUCAUCGGCCGGACUCCCUCCUUUCAUGGCGUCACGCUCGGAGCGUUGGCCGCAGGUGGCCACAUUCUUCGCCGCGAAGCUUUCAGGCCAUUAUUGACCAAAAAGACAUCGCAUGUGUCUGCGUGUUUUGCCUACCGGGGCAAGAAAGACGGUGAAUCGGACGCGGACUACGUGGCUCGUCUGGCAGCCGAGCUGGACGCGGAGUUUCAACUCGUGGGACCGGACACAGUGUGUGCUUUCAUUGCUGAGCCUGUCGUGGGAGCGGCUCUCGGGUGCGUCCCCGCCGUCCCCGGCUACUUCCGCGCCAUGAAGGCUGUGUGUGAACGGUACGGCGCGCUGUUCAUCCUCGACGAAGUGAUGAGUGGGAUGGGCCGGUGCGGCACGCUGCAUGCAUGGGAGCAAGAAGACGUCGUGCCGGACAUCCAGACCAUCGGCAAGGGUCUUGGAGGCGGGUACGCGCCCAUUGCAGCCGUUUUGAUCAACGAGCGAGUCGUCAAGGUUCUUGACGCAGGCACCGGUGUAUUUCGACACGGGCAGACAUACCAGGGCCAUCCGGUGAGCUGUGCCGCCGCGCUGGCCGUGCAGAAAACCAUCCGUGACGAGAACCUCCUGGAGAACGUGCGUCGGAUGGGCGAGUAUCUUGAAGCUCAACUCCGGGCCAAGCUUGCGAGUCAUCCUCACGUGGGUGAUAUCCGAGGAAAAGGGUUGUUCUGGGGGAUUGAAUUCGUCAAGGAUAAAUCCACCAAGGAACCGUUCGAUGCAAAACUCGGCAUCGCAUCUCUCAUCCAAGACACAGCUCUGAAACCAGAGUACAGCAUCUCCCUCUACGCGGGAACAGGCACGGUCGAGGGUGUUCGUGGUGACCAUGUGAUCCUUGCACCCCCGUACAUUGUUACUCAGGAGGAGAUUGAUAUUAUUGUCAAUACAACAGUGAGGGUGGUAACUGAUGUGUUUAACAGUAUACACUGA